AUGGGAGGUGAAUCGGGAAAGCAACGUCGUGCUUCAUCAAAGGAAUUCAAUCUUCUUUCCCCUGAUACCUCGUACUUUUUUGACUGUCCCUGCGUGACACAUAUCACCACUAUCCAUACCUUCGCAUCUCGCCCAUUUGUGGGUGCUGCGCCAUAA